AUGAAUAUGCUCGAGUGGGUGUUUGGCAAGCGCAUGACGCCGGCCGAGCGCCUGCGCAAGAACCAGCGCAUGCUUGACAAGGCCAUUCGCGAGCUCGACCAGACUCGCGUCAAGCUGGAGAAACAAGAAAAGACGCUCAUCCAGCAGAUCAAGACGAGCGCCAAGAACGGCCAAAUGGGUGCCUGCAAGAUUCAGGCCAAGGAUCUGGUUCGCACGAGGAGGUACAUUGAAAAGUUCUACGGCAUGCGCAGCCAGCUGCAACAGAUUUCGUUGCGUCUCCAGACGUACCGAACCAAUGAACAAAUGAUGCAAGCCAUGAAGGGCGCUACAAUGGCGCUCGGAAGCAUGAACAAGUCCAUGAACCUGCCACAGCUGCAACGCAUCGCCAUGGAAUUCGAACGAGAAAAUGACAUAAUGGAGCAGAGACAAGAGAUGAUGGACGACGCCGUCGACGACGCCAUGGACACUGGCGUGGAAGAGGAAGGCGACGAGGUUGUCGAGCAAGUACUGGAGGAUAUUGGAAUUGAGUUUAAUCAAGCACUCGGAGAGACACCCACGACUAUUGGAAACCCUGCCCAGCCCGAGGGUAAGAUUGCCCAGGCAGUCGGUGGCGGAGGAGGAGGCGACAUUGAUCCUGUUGACAACGACUUGGAAGCAAGACUAGACAAUCUGCGAAAGUAA